AUCUACCACACGUGUUUUGGGCUAAAUUUAUAAUUUCAUCACAGAACCCCAAGGAGAAGUCAAUUAAAAAUGCAAAUGGACAAAAAAUCAAAAAAGUUUUUAAAAGCCCUUGCUCGAAAAUUGACCGAAGAUGAUAGACCUAUUAAAAGUAAAACUCUAAAGAAAAAGUUUUCUAAAGCUGUUACAGGUUUACCAGAACGUACAUUACAGAAAGUUCUACUAGACAAUUUUACAGACUGUUUAGAAUUCUUGAAAAUAAGAAUAAAGAAACUGCAAGAUAAGUCAGAAGUGGUUUUGUCUAUUAAAAAAAAUGACACAAAAGAUGAGGUACAAGAAGAGGAAGAUGAAGAAGAAACAGUUGAUAAUAAAUAUAAUAUAACCAAUAAAGAGCAUGAAUUUCCUUAUAAUUUUUAUUUAACUGAUAGAUCAAAUGUAUUGACAAAUCCGGACAGUAAAGAUAAUACAGUUGAAAACAAUUUUUUCCUUUUAAAAAUUCAACAGGAAGACAAUCAGAAUGCUGUUAUUAAACUAGUCAAAGAAUUUCAGCGUAUAACACAGGAGAAAAGUAUUAUGACAGCAUUAGAUCGACUGUUAGUUCUUUCUAGUGGAAUUAAAGAUAUAAAACUUGUAAAAAAACUUUUAUCUGUCUAUCUUAGAAAAAUGCAGCCAUUAACUGAAAAAUAUUUGGAAGAAGAAAAUACAAACAAAAUUUCUAUAGUUUAUGAAAAUCUACACAAGCUUCUGUACGUGUCUCAUAUGAGAUAUCACUCUAUCAAGUCAGCAGUAAAAGAAGAGAAGCCAUAUUACAAAGAUUUAGUAGCAUCAUUAUUAUCAGUUUACCUAGAUUUGUCUGUAUUCCUCUUUAGAAAUGAAGAAGUAAAGAUAAAACUGUCCAGAUUAUUAUAUGGAUUUAUAAGUUUUAUGACAACUGAUUUUCCCGAUCAGAGAUAUGAUGUUUUACUCCAAUUAACUCAGACGCAAGAUGAUCAAGUUCCACUCAUCUUCCCUUUAAUACAAUAUUGUGUAGAGACGACUCCAGAUAAUACUGACAGCCAGUCAUAUAUAAAAUAUAUUUUAUCUGUAGCCCUGAUUAAUAGUCUCAGUCAACAAGUUCAGCUUACUUUUCAACAUGGUAUAAAAAAAGCAAGAACAAUUGUUCCACCACCAGGAACAGAAAGAUGGCUGGCUGAACAUAUACCAGAGUUAACAGAUGUAGAUGAGGAAGUUGAUAAUCUUUCUACAUAUUUAUUAGAUAAUAUGACAGAUUCUCUACAAUCAAAGCUUAUUGAUAGUUUGUGUGAUGAUGAAGGUAUAAGAGAUGAAGAUGAGGAGGAGGAGGAGGAAGACAAUGCAAGUGUACAGAAGUUAAAUAAAGAUGACAUAUUGGUAUUUAAUCCAGAUUUAUCAGACACAAGUUUCUUUGGAUCACCUGAUUCUGCUCAGAUAUCAUCUGAGGAUGAUAAUAUGGGUGAUAUUUUUAUGGUGGAUAGAAAGGGAAAAAAUGACAAAAAGAAAAAUCAAAAUGUAAAGACAGUGGAGGAGGAUAUUUCUGAUGAUAAAGAUGAAGUGGAUUUUGGAAAUGUCAUGUCACUAAAUGGAACAGAUUUUGUCAGUCCAACAAAGUUUGCAAAUACUAGAAAACCAACAAUGCAGUCCCCUGCUAUUAAUUCUAGUCCAAGAAGGAUAGCGAUAGUAUCACCAAAUAGGCAAUUAAAACAAGUGACAUUAAGUGAGGAGGAUGACAAGGCUGUUUCUUCAGAUGAUUUGAGAAAGAAAAAGAAGCACAUUACAGCUUCACCAGACAAAUCAACUUGUGUCCAGUCUCCCAAGAAAACCUUGGCCACAAAUGAUGCAUUAGUUAUUUCCCCUAAAUUAAGAUCAACUGCCAAAUAUAUUAGUACAUCACCAUCAAAUUCAAACGUUAUUUCACCUUCUAACCUAUUAGAUGAACUUUCACCAAAGUCAAAAUCACCCACUAAGUCACAAAAGCUGAAAUCACCUGAUCAUUCUGGAAUAAAAUCACCCAUUAUUUCGGAUAUAAAAUCACCCAGUCAGUCAGAAGUGAAAUCUCUAACUCAAGCAAAUUUGAGGCCAGUUCAAUUGAACUCUCCUGUCCAGCUAGAAGUGGGAUUACCAGGAAUUAAAUCCCCUAAAAUGAAAUUACUCAAUCAACCAGAAAUUAUGUCACCUAAAAUGAAAUCGCCCAGUCAUCCAGAAAUUAAAUCACCUAAAUUGAAAUCGCCCAGUCAACAUGAAAUUAGAUCACCUAAAAUGAAAUCGCCCAGUCAACCGGAAAUUAGAUCACCUAAAAUGAAAUCACCCAGUCAACCAGAAAUUAGAUCACCCAGUCAAAAUGAAAUUAAAUCGCCGGUUCGAGAAAUGCAGUCAGGUGUGAUGUCCACAACAAAAGAGUCUGGUUUAUCACCUAGGUUAAAAUCGCCUAAAACUAUGUCUCCAACAAAAUUAACUUCCCCUUUAAGACAAGUAACCCAACAAACUCCUACAAUCUCAAAAUACAAAGUGAUUGACUUAUCGUCAGAGAGUUCAGUGGAGGCUAGUAAAUCUCCAAGCCUUAGAAAAGUAAGUCGAACCAGGAAGCCAUCUUGGAAAGCAGAGGAUUAUAUAAAAUCUCCCUCAUCUGUUGAGUCUUUAAGUACAGCAGAUGACCAAGAAGGCGAUGUACAAUUAAUUUCUUCCACCAAAACCAGGAAGAUGGAAUCUUCUAUCAAAGAAUAUACAAUAAUAUCAGACUCCGAGAGUACUGACAUGGAGCCAACGCUUAGAAGUUCCAGGAAAAGAAUCUCUGAAAUUCCUGAUUUGGCUGUUCAUUUGAAUAAAUCACGUAAAACAUCAUCCUCUGAAUCGGACACACAUUUGAAAACAAAACGUCGUAGUCGGACGUCUGAAUCUAGUUCUGAGAAUAUCCAAUUCACUUCUCUUGUGUCUCCACGACCAGUCAAAAAUUCUCGGAAGGGAUCAAAUGAUGCAUUAAACACUUUGAGCAAUAAAGCUUCCAGCUCAAAUGAGAAAAAUGAAGAACUUUCCGGAAAACAAAUGUUGGGCAUUUUAGAAGUCGUGAAAGAAGAUGAAGAAAUGAUUACGGGACAUAAAACAACAGGUCCCAAAUUGCGUUCACCAAUUGGGUUACGGAAACGGUCAACAUCAGAAUCGCACAUUAGCGAGAUACGAACACCCAGUAAAAGAUCAAGUAUGAAGUCGGUUUCUGAUAACGAAACUUCAACCAGAUCUAAGACACCAAGAAGUAUUGAGACUCGGAUGAGAACAAGACGAACAUCAACUGGUUCUAUGAGUGAUGACGAGACAAAGAAAUUGACGUUGGAAAGGGAGACAACACAACACAUUUCAAGCCACCAGUCGGGCAAAAUAGCAAGAGAAACACACAUGGAGAAGAUAGAAGAAAGUGAUUUAGAACCUACCUCCGAAAAAUCUUCACCAGAGAAACAAAAAUCAUUAACACCGAGAGGUGAUGGAACAACAUCCAGACUUUCACUAAAGAAAAAAAGUCCGAAUCGAAGAUAUUCUUUACGAACAAGAUAAAAUAUCAGAAGAUCUGUAUGCAUAGUAUUAAUGUGAUAAAAGGAAACAACAUCAGAUUCCCUGGUUGUACGUGACAAGGAGUAGGGUCGCCUGUCCAACCUUGUGGGUUUUCUCCGGGUCUUCUGGUUUCCUCCUACUGCUAAAAGACCCCUAUUGAAUUAUUGAAAUAAAAUUGAACCAUAUGUCAGUCCCAAAAUGACCUAGUUUGUGUCGAGUGGACAUUAAACCCGAUUUCUCUCUCUCUGUAUUGUUUAAUGGUCGAGAGCGAGACAUUAAGUAAUAUAUUGUAACAACAAGGGGGCCGUGAGGCCCGAGUGUUUUUACAAUAUAUUACGCAAUGUCUUAAGCUCAAGACCAUUAAACGACUUAAAAUACAGACACUCUGCACAUGCUUUUACUGUGAAAUAUGUGAGUCCAAUAUUUCACUAGUAUAAAUAAUGUACGAUUGGCAAGUUGCCCGUACAAUUAUUUGAAAUAAUGGUAUGCCAACAUCAAAGGGUGACGUCACAUCUGUAUUUUAACUCUUGUUAAUGAUCAGAUAUGGCAAUUAAAACUUUAUUGUUGUUGUAGAACAACAGAUAUGUGAUAGUAAUAAAAUAAAUCAUGACUUUUAUCGGACAUUCAUUUUAUUACAUGUAGAUUGAAAAAUGUUUGAAAAGCUUGAUUUUCUCUUCAGAAAUAACCACAAUCAUGUUUUUAGAAUGUUUGAUAUAAUUAUUUAUCUCUAUACAGUAUAAGAUAUACUGGUAAUGGACGAACACUGUCAUUUUAUUCAGACUUAAAUGUGCCUAUUGUAGGUAUUUCUUUAGGCCUUAAAUAUUAUAUAAAUUAUUAAUUAGACAUUUAUUAACAUAAUCAAUUCUUAAUGACAACGAAUGCAUCCGUUUUUAACUAUAUUAGAGCUGUUCAGCCAUUGAAUGAUUUAAUGUAAAAACAGUGAAGCAAGGCUAAGACUUGAAUGAUCAGUACGGUGGUUACAAUUAGUACACACAUCUUGUCAAACCUUCUAAGGCUAAUAUCUUCGCUCAGAAUAAAGUAAUUUGAAUGAAAUGUUCAAUAUAUUCAUUUUGCAUUAUCUAUUUUUAAACUAUUAUAGCAAGAACGACCAUCUCUUUAUCUAAAUCUUACAUAAUACUUCUUUAACUGGCAUAAAGAUAUAACAAAUCAUGUCUUUCAGAAUAUUAUCAAAAUGAAUUAUCUCCCAUUAUCAAGCAUGGCAAAAGAUUUCAAUGUGUAAGCUGUGUACCCAAACUUUUGUUGAGUGACAGCUGAUAUAACUGGAACUUCAUUGUUUGUUCUUCAAGAUAAUGACUAUCCUCUUUAGUUGUACAAUAAACAAGUAAAUGUUAUAUUUGAAGGGGAGAACUAUUAGUUGUGAUAGAUUUUGUUACGUAAAUGUUAUUGAAUAGGAGAAUAAAAUAUUUCUUUUAAUAGAUA